UUACUCGAAGAUGAACUCCAUGCUGUAUACCCUCUACGGGUUCGCGAUAUUUUUUAUGAUAUUCUGGUCGGGCAUGUGGAUAGUUCACAUGUUGGCUUUAAUAGCCGGCCGUUGGAAGCUUCAUCGAAAGAUCGCCCAAAUGCCGAGCUACGAGACUCCUCUGCCUGGUGUUUCAAUCAUAAAACCAUUAAUGGGAGUAGAUCCGAAUCUAUUCAAUAAUCUCGAGACAUUCUUCACGAUCGAAUAUCCUAAAUAUGAAUUGCUCUUUUGCGUCGAGGACGAUUCCGAUCCAGCUUUGAUGCUGGUAGGGAAAUUAAUUGAAAAAUAUCCCCAAAUAGAGACCCGAGUAUUCGUCGGUGGUAGAAACGUCGGGGUCAAUCCAAAAAUCAACAACAUGCAGCCGGCUUACGAGACGGCUAAAUACGAGUUGGUACUUAUAAGUGACAGCGGUAUAAGGAUGAAGGAGGACACUCUAUUGGAUAUGGUCAAUCACAUGACCGAUAAGGUCGCAUUGGUACAUCAAAUGCCCUUCACGUAUGACCGCGACGGUUUCGCCGCAGCAUACGAAAAGAUAUUCUUCGGUACUGUACAAUCGAGGAUGUACCUGGCAGCUGAUCUUUUGAGAAUAAACUGUCAUACCGGUAUGUCGGCGUUACUUCGUAAAGCGACCUUGGACGAGGUCGGCGGCCUCAAAACCUUCGGUGUCUAUCUCGCUGAGGACUUCUUUUACGCUAAGUCAUUGACCGACCGCGGCUGGCGAAUAACCGUCUGCUCUCAGCCGGCCUUGCAAAACAGCGGCCACUGCGAGUUGCACUCCUUCCAGGCGAGGCUCAGGAGGUGGGCCAAGCUUCGUGUCGCCAUGUUACCCACCACGAUCGUCUUCGAACCUCUCAGCGAGUGCCUCGUAUUAGGCGCCUGUGCCUCAUGGGCGGCCAGUGUUCUAUUCGACUGGGACUCUUUAGUUUUUUAUCUUGUACACAUACUAUUGUGGUUCAUGUUCGACUGGACGCUUUUGUGUGUCGUACAGAACGGGCCGUUGCCCUUCAACAAACUCAUGUUCGUCUGUGGAUGGCUUCUCAGUGAGAUCACGAGACCAUAUCUCUUCGUUCAAGCCGUCCUGGAUCCUCUGAUACAGUGGCGUUCGCGCGUUUACAAGCUCAGAUGGGGCGGCGUCGCGGAGGAAGUCAAGACGAAAAACACUUAUGAUACAUAUACCAGUUGAAGCGAAGUAUCGUACCAGCAAAAAAGACCUCCGUUAUCUCGAAAUCCAAGAAUAAAUAUGGCUGCAUCGACUAUAUAUGUAUGUCUUGCAGAAAAAAGAAAUAAGAUCAUAUUCUCGAUGUAAAUUUGUAAAAUCGUAUCGCAAUGAUAAAACUGAUAAAGAUAAAGGAGUUUGUCUAUCCGACAAAGACAAUAUCAACACGAAUCGAGAUAAUCUUUCGAACAACGUGAUUUCUUCUUACACAGUAUGUGUAUAUAUAUAUUAUGUAUAUAUAUAUAUAUAUAUAUAUAUAUAUAUAUAUAUAUAUAUAUAUAUAUAUAUAUAUAUAUAUAUAUAUAUGUGAUGUUACAAAAGACUGGCUUAGUCAAAGACAAUAGAUAAAGCGACGAUUGAAUAAACAGAAAAUAAAAGUUUCUCUAACGCGAAUCGGUUUUUAAAGAUUAAAAAAAAAAAAGAAAGAAAGAAAAAAAUAAAAAAAAAAAGAGAGAGAACCUAUUCAAACGUAUCUAAUUUAUCAUUCCAUUCUUAUGUCAUUUUCUUUCAAAAUUUCGAAUGUGUUUCACUUUUUAAAAUAUCCCGAAGGAAAAUCUUCAUUUAAUUUUGUCGAUGCACUAUUUUCACUUUUCUCUAAAUAAAUCGUUAUACUUCAAAUCUUAAAUAUCAUUUUUUAUAAACCUCAUCUAAUUUAUUAAUAUAACUAAUGAUCGUGGCUCCGUCUUCUUUUUUCUUUCCCUUUUUAAUUUAUAAUAUCUAUUUUGUUACGUCGAAUGAUCGAACCGAUAUACAUAUAUGCCACUGUAAGUAUUAGAAGAUGAUCAAUGUAAAAAAAGAAAGAAAGAAAGAACAAAAAAAGACAUAAGAUAAAAAAGAAAUUUAAAAAAAGCAAAUAUAUAAAGGUACGAUCCAUCGAUUUAUCGAUGAAACGAUCUCUUUACUCUUACGUGGACUUAAAUUUACAAGUAAUCAUGCAUCUCGUAUUAAGAUCCAUUAUUAAUGUCGUUCAAUGUGAAAUAUCCGAAAGAAAUCCGAUAUAAAUAUUUGUAAAUGCAGGUUUCGCAUUAUCAUAAAUUCAUUUAAUUAACUAUUUUAUGUCAUAUUUAAUGUUAGUAAUAAUAUUAUUAUUUCCUUUCGAAUGAAAAAGACUUUCAUUGAAAUAUAGGCAAUAAAGGCUACGCAUGCUUUAGUGUGUCAUAAAAAGAGAAAGUGAAAGAUAGAGAGAGAGAAAGUGUGUGGAUGAAUGAAUAAUUCUGAGAAUGAGGUAAAAAGGAAAGAGAGAGAGAGAGAGAGAGAGAGAGAGAGAAAGAGAGAGAGAAAUAAAAGAUAUAGAAAAAUCAUAUCGAUACAGCGUUAUAGGCAUAUCAAAGAUCAAGCAUAAUGAUUUUUUGGCAUCUUUAGAGGCGCGACAAAUUUCUAUAGUUUAUCUGUAAAUAUAUACAUUAUCUAACCAACUCGAUUGUGAGUAAAGCAAAUUGUACAUAAAAUAUAAUAUCGAAUGAUCAUGCUAGUCGCAUCGUUCCUUUUAAUAUUAAUUUUAUUUGUGACGUAUUAUACAUAUAGAUUUGUAUGUAAGACGAGAGAGAGAGAGAGAGAGAGAGAGAGAGAGAGAGAGAGAGAAAGAGAGACAGUUGGACAGACAGACAGACAGAAAGAGAGAGAAAGAGAAAACGAGGGAGAGAGAUUGAGAUUGAGAUUGAUGGAAAAAUCUAAAAAUGUGCGAAUCAUUCCAAUCUCGUGAUUCAUCGCAUGCGUGUAUGUAUGUAACAUGUAUUUUAUGUAUGCACGUAAUGUAACACAUCUGUUUAUUAAUUACGCGCGACAAAAUGGUACGAUCGAUCACGUAUAUAACAACGCGAGUGGGAGAGAACGGAAAAGAAACAUGAUAAAAAAAAUAUGAUGAUUAAAAUAUGAGGAAGAGAACAGCAGGAUUAUCGGCUAUCUAUUUUUAUAUAAUGCAAUAUCGAGAACGCGCGACUUCUGUAAAUCUUCAAUUUGCGCUUCUAUCAGCUCAUAACAUUUUGCAAUUAUUAGGGAAUUUAUCGAAGAAACUAGUUGUUAAUCUUAUGCGAAACGAUUAAUGUCUAAGAAAUAUGGAACGGAACAUUGACAGUAAUGUGAUGUGUUGUGUUGUGUUGUGUUGUAUUGUAUUGUAUUGUAUUGUAUUGUAUUGUAUUGUAUUGUAUUGUAUUGUAUUGUAUUGUAUUGUAUUGUAUUGUGUUAUAUUGUAUCAAACAUAAUGAUAUAAUUGUACAGCAUUCGCGCUUCGAUCUCUGCGUUUUCUUUCUCGCAUAUUUUGAUAAUCAAGUCGUACACGAAAGUAUUAUCUCAGAAAGACAACAUAAGUUAGCUAUAAUCAGAGCUUUACGUAAAUAGCAAUUUUAAAAAUACGAAGAAGGACCACAAAUUGUUGGUUAUGCGUUAAUCACGCGCGUCCGACGUUAAUAAGCGAAUGAAAUAGCAUGUUAGUUUCAAAGUUAUCAGUAUGUAGUUGGAUCAACAAGGUCUUGGACGAUGAUGUAUGAGGAUUAAUAAAUAUUGUUUAUAUAAUACAUAUAUAUAUAUAUUAUAUAUGUUAUAUUAUAUAUAUUAUAUAUAUAUGUGUUAUAUUAUAUAUAUAUUAUAUAUAUAUAUAUACAUACACACACACACACACACACAUAUAUAUAUAUAUAUACACGUCAUAUUAUACAUGUACGUAUUUACAUGUUCCUUAAUUCUUCUCUAAUUCUAAUUGUAAGUUAAGUUAUUACGCAUCUCGCUAUCUUAAGAAAGAAGCUGUGAUCUUUGAAAGACACUGAAGAAAAAGAAAAAGAAAAAGAAAAAAAAAAAGAAAAUAACAAAUGAAA